CUCUUCAGUCCUCAGUUCACCACCGGUUGUGGACAACAAUUCCCGCAUCGUACUUCCAGCGUUCAUCGACACCCUCGCUCUCUUCCUUAUGCUUGUGAUUGCUUGACAUUUUCCGUUCUUCUCUUUGCUCUGUCUAGAUCUCAGCUGAGCCCCACUUAGCUGCUUUUGUGUUCUUUUUUCUAAAGUCAGAGGGAACUGAGAAUCUACCAAAGAAGAGAGCUAGGAUUGCUUCAUGGCUCUCCACGCCGCUGCACCUUGCAUUAGAGGCCCUGCUUCAAAUCCUCAGCUUCAGUCCAGAAAAUUUUCCUCCUUUCCCUUGGCUUGUGGUAGGAGGCGAUGCAUCCGAGCGGCCAUCUCCCUUUCUGCUAUCUCCUCAUGUUCUUCUUUCCUGGAUAGAAGAUCCCGAGAUUGUAUAAAAGCACUUUCAGCUAGUAAUGACCUUCCUAUCGAUAAUUCAUCUCUCGUUGUUUGCUUUGGAGAAAUGCUUAUUGAUUUUGUGCCAACUACAAACGGACUAUCAUUGUCUGAAGCUCCUGCAUUCAAGAAGGCACCUGGAGGUGCACCUGCUAAUGUUGCUGUGGGCAUAGCUCGCCUUGGUGGUCAGUCAGCUUUUAUUGGGAAGGUUGGUGAAGAUGAGUUUGGAUAUAUGCUAGCUGAUAUUUUGAAGAAAAACAACGUGAACAGUCAGGGAAUGCGCUUUGAUUCUGGUGCUAGAACGGCCUUGGCUUUUGUCACAUUGAGAAAUGAUGGAGAGCGAGAAUUCAUGUUUUAUCGCAAUCCAAGCGCUGAUAUGCUUCUGGAAGAAGGAGAGCUGGACUUUGAUAUUAUUAGGAAGGCAAAAAUCUUCCACUAUGGAUCUAUAAGUCUUAUCACAGAACCAUGCAAAUCUGCUCAUGUUGCAGCAGCUAAAGCUGCUAAGGACGCUGGAGUGCUUCUUUCCUAUGACCCUAACCUGAGACUUCCAUUAUGGCCUUCUGCAGAGAGUGCUAGAGAGGGAAUUCUUAGCAUAUGGGAUGCCGCUGAUAUCAUAAAGAUAAACGAGGAGGAAAUAUCUUUCUUGACUAGAGGAGAAAAUCCAUAUGAUGAUGCAGUCGUUCAUAAACUUUUCCAUCCAAAUCUCAAACUGCUUCUUGUCACUGAAGGUCCAAAUGGUUGCAGAUAUUAUUCCAAGGAUUUUAAUGGUAGAGUGCAUGGGUUGAAGGUUGAACCAGUUGAUACCACUGGGGCUGGGGAUGCUUUUGUUGCUGGAUUAUUGUCUCAAUUAGCCACUGAUGUUUCCUUGCUCAAGGAUGAGGAUCGACUGAGAGAAGCUCUUAAAUUUGCAAAUGCAUGUGGAGCUCUUACAGUCACAGAGAGGGGAGCCAUUCCUGCUCUUCCAACCAGAGAAGCUGUACUGAAUGCUUUGCUUAAUGUGAUUGCUUAACUUACUGUAUGAUCUAUUCCAUCACUCUCAGAAGCUGAAUUGUCAGAUUUUGCAGCAGAUGCGAUAUUGUACGCAUAUCUUCUACUGAAAUUAUGAAGCUUGAUUUGUAUUAUUAAGUUGAGGGUUUUUUUU